UGAAAUAGGAGGCGUGGGAGAACAAGUACUACAACAAGCGAGAACAACAACUGGUGCUACCAAUCUGUUGAUCAAACCACCUAGUACCGCGAGGACGUCACGACAGAUGAACACCAGCACAUGUUGCCUACCACAAGACUCACCUUCCAAUUAUAGUUCUAGCCCAUCGUCGUCUGAAGAUGAAGCAAGUCCUCCACCCCCAGUGCCUAGUAACAACUCAUCCUUCAUAUCGUGGUCUCGUAGAAGAAAGCACAAACGUGAGGCCGCCCAAGCAUCUAGAGUCGAAACGGAAAGAAGAAGAGAGGAGAAGAAGCUAAAGAAACUACACAUGAAGCCGCGCGAGAAGAA